CCGAAAUGGCGGCCGCGCGGCGGAAGUGGAGGGUCAGCCCUUCCCCAAGAUGGCGGCGCCCAGGCGCGGCGUGCCUGAGGGGGGGAUGAAGCGAGCGGGCCGGGCCCGCGGCGGCGGCGGGAAGCUGGCCCGGCUGCGGCUGGCCGUGCAGGAGUUCGUGCAGGCAGCCGGAGACCAGCUGCCGCCGCAAGGGUCGGGGAAGCAGAGCCGGCGGAGCCGCCGGGACGUGAGGAAAGAGAAGCGCCGGCUCAAGCGGAGCCGCCGCCGCGGCCUCCUCCGCCGCGAGGAGCCGGGGGAGGCCCCCGCCGCCCCGGCCAGCCCGGCUCCGGCCCCCCACCCCGCGGCUCCGGCCCCGGCCUCGGCCCUCGCUGCCGCGCAGCAGCAGCAACCGCCGCGGCGGCAGCAGAAGGCGGCGCGGCCGCCGGCCCCGGCACCCUGCGCGGCGGCCGCCGCCUCGGCGCGAAAGCGGGCGCUGCUGGAGGCCAACGCGGCGGAGGAGAAGGAGAUCCGGCGGCUGGAGCGGCGCCUGGGGCUGGGCAAGCGCCGCGGGAAGGCGGCGGGGGCCGCGGCCGCCGAACUGCCGCAGAGCUUCGUGCGGGACGGGCUGGGCUACGUGCUGGGCGCCCUGGGCUCCCAGGCCACCCUGGCCGGGCUGUACGCGAGCAGCGACGAGGAGGGCGGUGAGGAGGAAGGCGAGGGGCCAGAGGAGGGCGGCAAGCGGCCGGAGGAGGAAGACGAGGCGCUCGAGGAUGAGGAUGAAGAACCAGGGGAGGAAGAUGAGGGGCUGGAAGACGAGGAGGAGAUGGAGGGCGCCUCUGACGCGUCCGAGGGAGCUGAGGUGGGAGGCCGCUGGGAGAGCGAGGGCAGCGGGAGCUCAUCCCCGACUCUGGAGCGGGAGCAGAGUCUUAGUCACAGUGCUACGAAGUAUGUCCCCCCGCAAGUGAGAAAAGCUCAGGAGGCACUAGAUGACAAAAAAAGAGAAGAAUUGGGAAGGCUGAAGAAAAUGGUGAACGGUCUCAUUAACAGGUUGAGUGAACCAAAUUUGUCUUCCAUCAGUGGACAGCUGGAAGAGCUCUACAUGGCCAAUAGUAGAAAGGACAUGAAUGAAACUCUAACAGAUAUUCUUAUGAAUGCUUGUGUUACUGCAGUCGCAAUGCCUGCAAGAUUGAUGAUGGAGCAUGUCCUUUUGGUCAGCAUUCUUCAUCAUACAGUAGGAAUUGAGGUUGGUGCUCACUUUUUGGAAGCUGUGGUGAAGAAAUUUGAUGAACUCUAUAAAAGUGAUGCUGAAGGGAAAGAAUGUGAAAAUCUGUUUGCUUUGAUUGCCCAUCUGUAUAACUUCCACGUAGUUCAUUCCCUCCUGAUCUUUGAUAUUCUGAAGAGGCUUGUUAGCUCCUUCACAGAAAAGGAUAUUGAAUUGAUUUUGUUUCUUCUGAAAAAUGUGGGCUUUUCUUUAAGAAAAGAUGAUCCGUUGGCUUUGAAGGAACUGAUCAGUGAAGCACAGAGCAAAGCAAACACAGUGGAGAAGAAACUUCAGGAUCAGACUAGGAUUCGCUUUAUGCUAGAGACUAUGUUGGCACUGAGGAAUAACGACAUGCGUAAGAUUCCUGGUUAUGAUCCUGAACCAGUUGAAAAACUCCGCAAAUUGCAAAGGACACUGGUUCACAGCAGCGGUUCUGGAAAAGAAACUCAGCUCCGUGUCUCCCUAGAAUCUCUUCUCAAUGCCGAUAAGGUUGGUCGUUGGUGGAUUGUAGGCUCAUCCUGGAGUGGAGCACCAAUGAUAGUUGGUACAAACAGCAAGACUCAGCAAAAAUUGCAUAUAGGAAAGGUGAGUUCAAAGAUAAUGGAGCUUGCUCGUAAGCAGAGGAUGAACACUGAUAUCAGAAGAGGUAUUUUUUGUGUCUUGAUGACAAGUGAAGACUUCCUGGAUGCCUUUGAAAAGCUUCUGAAACUUGGACUGAAAGAUCAGCAGGAGAGAGAAAUUGUUCAUGUUAUCCUUUACUGUUGCUUACAGGAGAAGACAUAUAACCCCUUCUAUGCGUUUUUGGCUAGCAAGUUUUGUGGAUAUGAAAGACGAUUCCAGAUGACAUUUCAGUUUAGUAUUUGGGACAAAAUCCGAGACUUGGGAAACCUGUCAACUACUGCUAUCUCCAACUUGGUUUCACUGUUAGUUCACCUGUUAAGGACAAAAUCAUUGCCACUUUCAGUUCUCAAGGUAAUUGAAUUCAGUGAACUGGAUAAACCCAAUGUCCGUUUCUUGCGACAAGUAUUAAGCAUGCUGUUAAUCAAAACAGAUGCUGAAGAUCUUAGUGACAUUUUUGGGAGGAUAUCCGAGAACCCCAAAUUGGGAAUGCUACGGGAAGGUUUGAAGCUUUUCCUUACCCACUUCUUACUGAAAAAUGUACAAGCCCACAGAAGUGGUGAAGAAGCUAGCUUGUUAAAAGAAAGAGUUGAACUGGCAAGCAAAGCUUUGCAAUCAAAAGAAUCCAGAUUUAAACUGUAAUUCUGUUCUUCAAAUAAAACACUUAUGGGAAAAGCUAGAUCUGCAUGAAGAUACAAAGCUUUACAUUAGCCUUUCAGACCCAAAUGAUUGAGAACAAGGGGAACGGUAUUGCUGUAAAGGAUCCAAAGUUUUGAUGUAAACAGUUGAUUUGCUCUACAUGCUAGUUAUAAGUUUGAAUGCGAUACAGGGCCUUUCUGAAGAAAGGGGAAAAUGUAUUUUUUGUAAUGUGCCUUUUCAGUACCUGUACUUCAUGUUGAGUGUUAACAUCCAGAGAAGAGGCUGAUUUUCUCUUCAGCUGUACUCCCAGUCAGCAGUAGUGUUCAGCAUUGGAUAUGCUAACCAUUUCUUUUAAAGUAAUGUUUUUUUAAACAUACAGCAGUCGGUAUUCUACACUUUUAACCAGAGCUUUUAAUAACUGAUCAUUGUACUUUGAAAAAACAGGCCACUAGAUGGCAUAGCUACUGGUGAGUCAGUUUUGGAAGAAAUUAACUUUUUUUUAAAAAAAAAAAAAGUGUUGAAUCUAUCAGCUAAUUCUGAGAAUUGUUUGCAUGACUGUGGGUCAGGAGGAGAUCUUCAGCUGUAUUCAAAGUUAGAAUAAAAAGACCUGAAGAUCUGACUUUGCCCAAUUAUAUUGGGUUUAAAGAUCACAGCAUAGCUUUAUGCUAUUUUAACCUGCUUUUCUCAGCUUUAAAGUUGGAGUUAUCAGUCUUACUGCUUGUGAUAAUCAGAUUUUACUGGACAUAAAGAAUAAUAUCAGUCUUUUGAUGAGAAAAUAUCUUCUCUUGCUUUCACUUUCCACUCAAGUGUUAUACAAAAUGUACAUUUUUUUUUAAA